CCGCUCGCUCUUUCGCAGUAACUGGCAACAGUUUCUGCAGUAUGGGAGAGGAAAGCCUGCAGACACUCGGGACGGCACUAGUGCCGCAGCACUUUGAUUUUACUAGAUGGUCAGCGAGAGCUACGGGUGAUGUGUCUGACUCCUUCCUCCCUAAAGAUUUCACACAAAAUCCAUUAAAGUCUUAUUUCAGAAAAUAUUUCUUCUGAGGAAGGUUUCUUAGCAAGAGCAGACAGAGCUCAGCCUUCCACCAUGCCUGUGCCUCCCCCUCCAGCUCCCCCUCCACCCCCAACACUGGCCUUGGCAAAUACUGAAAAGCCAUCCCUAAGCAAGUCAGAACAAGCAGGGCGAAAUGCUCUAUUAUCUGAUAUUACCAAAGGAAAAAAGCUCAAGAAGACUGUUACUAACGACAGAAGUGCUCCAAUUCUGGACAAGCCCAAAGGACCUGCUGGAGGUGGUGGCGGUGGCUUUGGAGGAGGUGGCGGUGGCAGCAGCGGGGGCUUUGGUGGUGGCAGCGGUGGCGGCUUCGGUGGCGGUGGACCACCUGGCCUUGGAGGCCUUUUUCAAGCAGGAAUGCCAAAGCUCAGAUGUACUGCAAGUCGAGAUGCUGACGCCGGGGGAGGCCGGCCGCCCGUCCUGCCGCCCGGAGGCCGCUCCGCCGCCGCCAAGCCCUUCUCCCCGCCGAGCGGCCCGCCGCGCUUCCCGGGGCCGCCCUCGGGGCCGCGCUCCGCCGCGCCGGACCCGCAGAGGAGCCGCCUGCCGCCGCCGCGGCCCGACGCGGGCUCCAAGCCCGAGGCGGCGCCGCCGCCGGUGCCCAGCACGCCCCGGCCCAUCGCCUCCAGCCUGCACAACCGGGGGUCGCCGCCGGUGCCGGGGCUGAGUCGGCAGCCCAGCCUGGGGCCCUCGCCCCCGCCCUUCCCGGGCAGCCGGGCCGCGGGGUCGGCCUCGUCCCUCCGGCAGCCGGGCCCCGGCCCCGCGCCCCCCUUCUCGGGCCGGCCGCCGCUGCCGCCCACCCCGGGCCGGCCGGCGGAGGACAAGCCGCCGCCCCCGCCGCCGCCCCCGGCCGGGCACCGGCCGCCCUCCGCCCGGGAGGCGUCUCUGCCGCCGCCGCCGCCGCAGAACAGCAAGCCGCCCGUGCCCGCCGUCCCCCGGCCCGCGCUCGGCGCCCCGGCGCCCCCGCUGCCCCCCGGUAGGCCGGGGCCGCCCCCGGUCCCGCCCGCCCCCGCCGGCGGCGACGAGAUGCCGCGGCUGCCGCAGAGGAACAUCUCGCUGGGGUCGUGCCCGGCGCCCGGCGGAGGCCGCUCCGGACCGCUGCCCCCGCCGCCCGGAGAGAGGCCGCCGCCGCCCGUCCGAGACCCGCCCGGCCGCUCAGGCCCGCUCCCGCCGCCUCCUCCCAUAAGCAGGAAUGGAAGCACUUGCAGGGCUUUGCCCAGCACUCCGCAGCUGCCUUCCCGGGCGGGGCUGGACAGCCAGAGAGGUGGAGCACGGCCCCCGCUUCCCCCGGACCGGCCGGGCUCGGCAGCGCCGCCGCCGCCGCCGCCACCCUCGGCCGCGGUCAGAAACGGCUUCCAGGACCCCGCGGACGAUGAAUGGGAAAGCAGAUUUUCUUUUCAUCCAAUAUCUGAUUUGCCACCUCCGGAGCCAUAUGUACCCAUGAACAGAAGUUAUCCCAGUAAACUAGCAAGAAAUGACAGUAGAGGUGGGUCUGUCCGAAAAGAAAGAGGUGCCCCCCCACUCCCGCCUAUACCAAGGUGAAAUGGGUUCUGGCCCAUCUCUGGGUGACAUCUGUUCUCAAGGUUCCCUCGAGUCAGCUCUCCUGUCCACAUGACUGGAAAGUUGUCUGUCUUCAGUCUCUAUUACAGGAGUAAUAGAUGUGGCUUAUGGACUAUAGUUGCUCAAAGCUCUGAAUUUUAUUCGCUUAAACUGCAGGCGUUUUGUGGACCCUACAGAACAUACAUGCAUCAUGCUUACUGUAUCCAACCCCAUCCCCUGGAGAGCUCCGUGGGAGGUCUGGCUUUGAAUCUGAUAGAGCUUGAACAAAGCUGUUUCGUUCACUUUGGGUGCAGUAGCUGUAUUAUUUUAAUGAUAAAGUAUUUGAUGUUUAAAAAAAACCAGUUGCUGGGUAAAAAGUGUAGCCAAGAGUCCCCUGGAUGCUUCUUUGCAUGCCUAACUAAGCCUAUCUGCUUCUGCAAGCCAUAGACCUACUACAUGGUGACAAAGAGUUCAUCUUUAACUUUUUCACUUCAGCUUUGUCAAGCAAAUCUUAAACAAUGCACAGCACAUCCUGCCUCAAGGAUGGAGUGUCUCUGGCCUUGUUUUUAUCUGCAGAGAAUCUUCCAAAGAAAAGCACAGUGAAGAAUUCAUCAGCAUAAAAAUAUAUAUAUUUUUUAUCCCUCUUUCAUAUUUUUUAAAUAGUUUUAUGUGUUCUGUGACCUAAUUCUCGCCUACUGUUAUGCGGACCAACCCACAUCAUGUCAUCUGUGCCCUGGAUUGCUGUAAUGCCCUCUGCCUGAUACUGCAUGCACAGAGUCCUCAGAAGUAGUCUGAGUGCCAACGCAGCAAUUACUGUAAAAGCAGGCCCCUCCCGUAAAGCAUCACUAAUGCCAGUGCUCCACAGACUGCUUUCCAGUUGUUUCUUUGGUACAACUAAAUGAUAGAGUUUUACUUAAAAAGCUCCUUGGCACUUAGGUCACAAGUAGAGCUGAGAUCAAAACUGUUCCUCAGUGAGAGUCCUUUGAUGUUGUGAGGGGGGUCCGGGGUUUGUACAUUCAAGUGGGAGCAUCCAAAAUUUGCUGUCUGUUCUGGUUCAAGAGAAAUGGAAAGAUUUGGUCUCCUCAAUCGGCCAUGAAGCCUGUCCUUUCAAACUUUGCUGAAAGGAGUCUCUACAGAGAGCUGCAUUGAUAGAAGAAAGAGUAAAGUAUUCUACCAUUGUGGCAAGUGGUUAAUAUGUUGAAGGGCUUUUGAAUUUUGUGUAUGAGAAAAGAACUCAUUGUAUGAGUGAAUUUUACAAGUGGAUCUAAGUACAUAUAAAAUACCUUUGGAAAUUAGGGGAAUAUUAUAAUUCUGGAUUUGAAAUAUUGGUGAAUGAUAGCUCUUGAUUAAUUGGACCUCUGAAGUUUAGCUCUGAAAAAUGUCCCCUCAGUCUCAUCAGCAGUAUGUUUCUUCAGUGUGUUCCUUGGGAUCCCUACCAAGCCUGUGUCAGCAGCUGUGCUUCACAGGGUGUUGCUCAAAAAAACCCAAAAUUAAACAUAGAAACUAGUCAUGUAGGUUAAGAAAAUGUUUCUCUAGCAUGGGAGACAUGAUCCUAAGUACACUCUGUGGCUAGAAUGAGGUCAGUCUUUGAAAGAAUUCCUAGGGAAUUUAGCCAAAGAGAGUCUGGACCCUGCUGAAAUAUCAGUGCAUGGAGCUUUUUGCUCUGUCUGUGAGCAGGAAGGGGCAGAUCUGUUUUCUGCCUGGUAGCAUGGACAUCACAUUGAAUGGGAUGAGACUAGAGUUGGACUUGGCCAGAUCAAAUUUAAUUUGGUCUUUUUUAGCGUUUGUUUACAAAAUCUUGUUAGCUGUGAUAGCAUUUGAUUCUCUACCUGUUUUUUACAUUUUUGUAUCUAAUGACCUAUUUUAAGUUACUGUUUAUGGUCUUGAACCUGCAAGUAAAUGCGCAGGCGCAGGGAUGGAUCCACAUCCCGUUGCAGGAUCCUGGCUGUAAGAGUUUCUUAAACAGAUACUGGUGGGACCUCCAUGUGACAGGUGCACCUUGGGAUCAAACCUGGCACAAUGCUGAAUUUGUAUAUGUAUUUUAUGGAUGUCACUUAAAGUGCCUGUCUCUUUGGGAUAUUAUUUUGUGAAUAGAAGUCCAAAUAAGAUUUUUAGGAUAAUAACUUAAAGGAUAAAUUAUUGUAUUCAUAUUUUAAAACUGAAGCACUUAAUACCUUUCUAAGGAACAAUAUUUUGAAUUUUAGAAUACAGUAUUUUCAGUACCUUGACCUGCCAAAUCCUUGUUAAUAUCCAAAUAGCUAUGCAGCCAAAAAAAACCCCCAACCCUCCAGAAAUAUCUUGUUUAUAACUUACCUGCUUCCAAUGUGAUUGUUUUACUUUGCUAAGUCAAUGACAAUGCUGCCCAAUGUUCUGCCAAUUCUCUGUAUCAUUCAAAAUAUCUUGUAUUUGAUCAUUCCAGCAAGGUUUUCUGAUCAAAAAUCUGGACCACUACCAAAGACUUGGAAAACCAGCUUCAGUUUCACUUUAAAAUGUGCUGUGUAAAAGGCCCCACUUAACAAGCCAAGAAUCCUGAGCUGCUUAAGUUUUAGUAAUUCUUUUUUAUUCCAGAAACCUCUUCAGAAUAGACAUACAUUUGGCAUACAUGUAAGAUAGCUUAAUACUGCAGAAGGGGGCAUUUUUGUUCACAUAACAACAGUGUUUCCAUUAUAUGUUUUGCUGUAAAAAUCCCUAGAUAUAUUCCAGAACAAUGCAUCAUUUUAUCAUUCAAUAUAUUGCUUCAUGUAGCAGUAGCUAUAUACAGUAUGAUCAGUAUUAAAGUAUUUAUUUCACUAUGAAGUGUUAAAAAAGAAUAAUACAAAACAGGUUGAAUCAAUGGUGCCUUAUGACUUUUAUAGUCAACUUUUCUGUGUCUCAGUAGAAGAAUUAAUAGACAUUGCUCUUCCAGGUCCUAACUGAAUAGUGCCUACAGUAGCAUUUUACAGUGUUUGAGCCAAGCCCUGUUGUUGUGUGCUCAAGCUCCUAACUCCAGGUGGAGCUCAGUGUGUGGAGAGGCCACUGGGUCAGUGUGUAGGUGAGGUGUACGUGGGCACUGGUUGACUUCACAAUCAAUAUCUGGUAUUGCUCUCAAAUUUAGAACUGUCCCAAAACCAGUGUCUGAUGCUGCUGUCCACACAGCCCAGCUGACUUCAUUGUGGUUGCAUAGGUUACAGAACUACAUUUGAUUCACUGCUUGCAUAUUAGAUUUGCUGGGUUUGUUUCAAUGGCAUUGUAUUAUAAACCCCCACACCUCAACUUGUCUUCUUACGUUAUCACUGAGGCUUGCGCUGUGUGACAACGGCCAUGGAUGUUCAUUUUUGUUUAAUUCAACUCCAUAAAUAAAAUUACAAUAAAUUUUGUACCAUGUAAAAAUAAUUUCUCUAUAUUUUUGGAAGAAAAGCAUAUGUUAUGUUUGUUAUGACUUUCUGCACCAGCCAUUGGGAAAAGAGGUCACAGUGAUGAAUGUUCAGAGUUGUUAAAGGAAACUCAGCUUGUUUCAGGAAAUGUAUAUUUCUGUAAAUGAAAUAAAUAACAUCUCAAAGUUCUUGUUUAAAAGCCAGCAUUUCCCAACACUAAAAGAAUCAUAAGGUUUUGUUUUUUUCUGCAAGACAGCACUGUGAAAGAAGUUCCUUAUAUUGUCACUUAAAAAACUGGGCGGUAAUUUCUCCUUGCAGCAUCAGCUCUUUGCAUGACACUUGUAGAAGUAGAUCUCUCUUGGAAUGGAGGAUGGGGGAGCUAAACUGCUAUCAUGCAUCACAUGUAUUGUAACACAACAAUCUUCUGUACAGAAGUAUGGAAAUUGAAAGGGUACUUUUUGUCUUAGAGGUAAAGAAUGGAGUUGAGUGAUCAAACUGAUAUUAUUUCAAGCAGAAUAUCCAAUGUUGAGAGACCUAGAGAGGGCCCCUUGGCCACAGGACACUGGAAAAGGGAAGAUUGCUCAAGGAAGUAAAAACCAAUUGGCUGAAUGUUUUUACUAGUACUGAAGCAAAAAUUAUGGUAUAAAAUGUGCAUUUUGUAGUUCCACAUUGCAGUGGUAUGAACACCUUCAUCUCACAGCUGGGUGCAAACAACCUGUUACAGCGGUACAUUGACUCCAUGUAACACAGAUUGUGUGAGCUUUAAUCUUUCAAACAGUAUUUGCCAGAAAAUAAUGAGAAUCUCUUACCUAAGAUACCCAGGAGCACUUUAAGUGCAAAUUAAUGGAAUGGUUAUUCAUGUGCAUUGGAAGAAAAUAGGGAUCUUGUGGCCUCUAAGAUGGAUGUGUUUGGACGAUUCAGUUAAAAUCUAAACUGAAGCAUUGGCAAAGAGGGGAGUACUGGAAUGAUCAGGCAGAAGCAGGGCAUGUGUGUAUGGUCUCAGUGAGUAUGCAGCAGGUAGGUUUAAAAAAGCAAAAAUGGAAACCGCAUGUCUUAAGGGAGUAACUUUUUUAUGUAUGUUACCAUUUUGAAAUACAGUUUGUCUAUGGUAAAUACUGCUUAGUGCAAACUAAUGCAUGCAGAGGAAGACAUGUAAAUUUGGACUUCCAAAGGCACACAAGAGAGAGGGAAACAUAAAACAGGCUGAGCAGAAAGUAACAUUUCUAUCAGAUGCUUAAAGUUUGAGCUUUUUAUAAAAUAUUAAUCUAGUUCUGUGAAUUUUUUUGCUUAACAUUUAUUUUGUAAGUGAUUUUGUUCUCCUUAUUUUUCUGUCAUAUACCAAAUAAAUUUUACUUUUAUUUAA